AUGCAUAGCGUAAGGUUAGCCUUGCGCUGGCUUGUGCUUUAUGACCGUGAUAAAGCUGCUUCCACUGAUGCUGCUGUUCCAACUGCGAUCUGGGCCCAGGAUGCUCGAAACGGAUAUACCUCGUCUUGGCUUGGUUGGUUCCGUGCCCAAAAGGAUUUAAUUGGCAAACGUAGCUUCACCGGAUUCUAUUUAUACGAGGAUCAGUAUGAUGAGAAUCUGCUAAACAAUCUUCCGUUCUCUUGUCAAUCCGCCCUCACCCAGGUGAUCGACUGUCCUGAUGAGGUCCAGAAGUUUCAGAGUGCUAAUUGGUAUGGCGGCUUUGACAAUGACACACUCAGCGGACAGGUUUGUUCUACUGAAUGUGAGGUUUCGAUCAAGUCGUGGUUCUACCAUGUCACCGAGAAUUGCGCCAAUUCCAUUCAGACCAACCUGCCCCUUACUCUCAAAGGUGGUAGGCUCUGGGCUUCGUGGAAUCAGACCUGUGCCAAGGAUCCCGCCACUGGAAACUACUGCGGUGAUAUCCUGAACAAGCAGACAGCGUUUGACGAGUCAAUUAAUGAGCUUUGCUCAUGGUGCAGGGUCGACCGUUACAAACAGAUGCAAUCCACUCCGUACUCCUACUAUGAUGAUGUCUGGCAAUCGCAGCUGAAAGAAAUCAACUCCAAGUGCGGAUUGACUAUUCCUACCAAUAUCCCUGAUCCCCUUCAGCCGGUCAUCGACCCCUAUGAGCCAACAACCGACUUCUGUGCCUCAGAUGUGACGUAUACCACUGCGGAAGGAGACACCUGCGACUCAAUCUCACAGGCCCAUAAGGUUGCCUCCGCUGCUCUGUUCAUGGGGAACGUCAACUUGAAACGUUGCAGCAAUAUUCCUGCAGGCACGAGGCUCUGUAUUCCGUUCAUGUGCGACAAUAUCUACACAAUUCAAUCUAACGAUACCUGCCGUUCUAUCGAGAAGUCACAGAGCGUCGGUUAUCAGGAUGGCCUCACUCUGAAGAAGUACAAUUCUUGGCUCAAUAACCAGUGCACGAAUCUGCAUAUGAAUAGCGACGUUGCCUAUGGACAUGUCAUUUGUCUUGGUCCGCAGGCAGGAACCUCAACCGGUGACGCUCCAUACCCAGAUACCACGACACCAAAAUAUAGCGAUGGGUAUGCCAUUCCAGAGAUUCCACCACCCGACAGCGUACCCGUGGCCAAUGGAACCACCCUACGGUGUGGCAAGUGGCAUAGAGUGACCAAUCAGGAACUAAAAGAAACCUGCACGACUAUCUGUGUUCAGAAAUCGAUUCCUUGGAGUCUGUUCUUGGAAGUAAAUCCUUCCCUAAGCGCGGAAAAUUGCGACACCCAUCUACUUAACGGAACCGCAUAUUGUGUGGGUCCGACAUAUGGAUGGGAUAUUGACUUUGGACCAGACGAUGAAUUUUAG